AACUGUGCGCACGGUUGUUAAUUAUAGUGAAAAUAUGUCUUUCUCUUUAUUGAUGUUAGUAUGAAAUCUGACUAAACUGAUUAAUUUGUGGUAAACCGAAUCUAUUGUGACUGCAUGCCGGUCAGUCUGGUCUUAUUAUAGAAGUCUAGAAAAAGCUGAAGUAAUAGUUUGGAUGUCACUACUAAUUUUUCUCAUUCAGGUUGUAAGAGAAUUUAAUUAAUACCAAACGGACUUGGAACGAAAUUAUCAUGGAAAGGAAGUUCUGAGAAUUUCUACUUAGAAAAAAAGCCAAUUAAACAAGUAUGGUCGCACAAAAUCUCUGAUCAGAAUACCAUUUACGUGAAAUAUUCAGGAAGAAAAAAGUUAUAUUGAAUUCUAUGCUAAGAUCUCUUCACUCAGAAUACUGUGAUAAUUGAGUCGUAUAUACACUACAAUGCAUUACGAAAAUUUAGUUGUACUGCAAAACAGAAGCCAUAGUUCAGAUUUAUACAACAGUUUAAGUGGUAACAACCUCACAUGUGAAUACGAUUAUUUUACCCGUGACGUCAGCAUACUCUGGGAAGUUGUUCUUAGUCCGUUUGUAACAUUAAUGACAAUUUGUACCAAUCUCUUUGUGAUAUGUAUAUUUACCAGUAAAGUCCUACGGUCGCCAACAACAAUAAUUUUGAUUGGUUUAGCUGUAUCGGACUCUAUGUCGUCACUUUUUGCUAACGUAUUACACCCGUAUUUUUACUUUACAAGUGACAAUGACAAAAAUAUACUUCCAUAUCCUUUAUGUUCGGUAUAUAUGCUGCUUCAGAACCUCGGCGUUUCCUUUCACACAGUGUCCGUAUAUCUGACAGCAUUUCUAGGCAUACAGAAGUUUAGUAUUGUGGCUUUUCCGUUCCGGUCUAGGAGAAUUUUUACAAAAACAAUGUCGUACUGGGCUACAGUUAUUAUAUACAUCGUCGGAUUUGCCAUUUUCUCACCAAAUUAUUUAGUCUUUGAAUUCUCCCGCGCCGGUGAUGUAGAUUCACCUAAUUGUAAAGACUAUACGGAAAACCAAGACUACUGUCUGUUUCGCUCUGCAUCUUGGUUGAACGGUGGAACAAAGAAACAUUAUCAUAUGUACUAUUAUAUGACACGAUGUAUAGUUAUCCAGAUUAUACCAUGUUUUGUUAUAACAUUUUCCACUAUAUAUUUAGUGCGAAGUUUAGUUAGUAACAAAGUUUCCAUGGCAACAGCAGAACAACAUCGGCGGAAGCGUCGUUUGACAAUAAUGAUAACAUUAAUUGUUGGAAUAUUUCUUGUUGUCGAAUUACCAGGGGCCAUAUUUUUCGCUUUCGAUUUUCAUAGAUUUCUGACAGGCCAGGUUGUAAUUCCGGAGGAUAUUGAUCAUUUAUCCGUCCGUAUUCACAAUUUCCUGUUGUGUCUUGGUUAUGCUUGUAAUUUUUGGAUAUACUUUGCCUUAAGUGAUCAGUUUAGGACACAGAUAAGGAAAAGUUUACGACGUUUACAUAUAACAAAGACGACUAACACGACAAGAGUUAUAGUAACAAGAUCAUAUUAAAUGUAUGACAAUGGAAGCGAAUUACAUAUAUGACACUAAUGACAAAUCACAAUUCAUCUAAACCUUACUUAAAACUUUGAAAUAAGGAAUUUAUUUUUAUGUUGUCAACCAAUAAGGGUUGUAUUGAUGUCAAUAAAGGACUAUCUUUUUCGAAAAAAAAAAAUAUCUUCACUCUUUGAGAUUUACCUUAUGAAAACGAACAAAUACAGACAUUACUGAUUGCUCAAAUCCACGUCAUUUGGACUCUGUUGGUUAGUUGUCUAAUUGGCAACCAAACAACAUCUCCUUUUCAUAAUAACUGAACACAACCGGGAAGUUAUUGGAAUGUGUUCACCUUUAAGCAAAGUAUAAGCACAUUUGUUUUUAUUAAUUCCUUAUUAUUUUAUCACUUUAAACAAUAAAUUGAUUCAAGUAAGUCUUCCACUCACCACCCCACAUUGAAAAAAAAAGCAAAAAAACAAAAGCAAAAACAAAAACAAAACGAAAAAAAUAAAUAAAAAACAACAAAACACGUGUUUUUACAUGUAGUUAUUCCCCAUACCCGAAAAUAAAAUAAACCCCAACCAAACAAAAAGAAAUAUUACCGAUAUAGAUGUGUACUAAUACACUAUAAUUAUAUAUAUUGAUGUAUAUCAGAAUGAUGAAUGAAAGAGAGGUUCUAAUAAAAAAUAAGGAGAUGUGGUAUGCAACUAUCCACCAGAGUUCAAAUGAAGUGAAUAUAAUCAAUUAUAGGACACCGUACGCCUUCAACUAUGACAAAAACCCAUACCGUGCAGUCAACUAUAAAAGGCCUCGAUGAAAGAUGGGAAACAAUUCAAACGAGUAAAUUAACAACAUAAUUUAUAACAAAACAGUUAACGAAAAACAAACAAAUAAAGAAUGUGGCGGGAUUAAACAUGUUUACCCUCCCCUAACCUGGGAAAAUGGCGUAAUUGAUUGCCAAUGAGACAACUAUCACUAAAGAAUAACGCAUGUAGAUGUAAGCAACUAUAUGUCACCGUACAUUUUAAUAAUGAGCAAAACCCACACUUAUAGUAAGGCACCUGAGUGACAAACUUAAAACGAGAAAACCAAACUAAAACCCUACACCCAAAAACAGACAGAAAUAACUGAUUUAUAGGCACCUGAUUUGGGACAGACAUAUACAGAAUGUGUCGAUGUUAGACAUGUUUUGAGUGUUCAACACUCUAACUCGAAACACAAGUGUAACAGCACAACAUAAUUUAAAAAUAUGUUGGAAAACGUUUAACUCAUCAGAUCGGGACGGAGCCCCCUUCCCCCCAAAAAAAAGAAAGAAAAAAAAAGGCAAACGACACAAAGCACCAAUAUAAGAGAACUGAUAGAUACUGAAAGCUAGUACAAAGUCCAUAAGAAUUUAUGAUGAAUAAAUCAUAUUUAUUUACA